GCACUUGAUCUAUAGACAGGAUUCCCGCGACUUGUGACGACGCGGCCCGACGAUGACCGACAUGGCGUCAUUUGGUUGCGACAAACGCGAUGCGGGUGGGGAACGAGACAACACAACAUGAAACGGCUCAACACCCAACACAAUCUCGACGGCUGCAUGGCUGAAGUCCGUCGGCAUCUGGACUUCAUCCCGGCAGCGUGGAACACAGGGCACCUGUAUGACAACAUCCAACUCCUGAAGGCGGCGCCGCCGAACGCACUCACCCCCGAGGGCUUCACGCCGCAUAGAGUACUGCUUUGUUUUUUCUCGCAGUGCCGCCGUGACAAGUCCGGAUGCCGGCGGACUUCGACGGUUGCAUGGCUGAAGUCCGCCGGCAUUCGGACUUCAUCCCGGCAGCAUAGAACACAGGGCACCUGUAUGACGGCAUCCAAGAACGGCUGGCAGACUUCGCUUCGGGAGGAGUGGUCGACGCCCACUGAAGGUUCUCGUCCCGUGGCCGGUGAAGACGUUCGUCUUCAAGAAGUGGGGUGCGGUGGUGAGGAGGGCGUGAGACGAACUCAGGCAAAGCGUGGUGCAAGUUCGCGGGAGGAAAGUAUUGAGGGAAUGAAAAAAACGAAGACAAACACACCUCGAUCCGCUGGACGUAAAAGGAAGGGCGCAGAGGGAGGAGGCGAGACGUCGGCAACAAAAAGGUCGUCUUUGAGCAUUCGAGAGUCAGGGGCCGCCGUUGUGUCCGAGGGGAGAGUCAUCGAUGUUGAGGCCGGUUAUUUCUUGGAGUGGGACAGCGGCAUUCGGACUAAAAGGGAAUUUCUUAUCAACCCGCGGCAGGUGCUCACGAUCGGACGGUGGGAGCCGUCGUACAACCAACGUUCCCUCGAUCCAGUGCUUACGCAGCGGAUCGUGCGCGCUAUAACCAGGGCAGCCCAGGAUAAGCAGAGUUCGUACGAGCUGCCCACGUUGAAGCUGGCUCCCCUCGGGCUGGAGAAACCGCGGGACAAUGUGCCUGCGCGAAGGCUGAAGCCCGAGGAAUGGAAGGACGAGUUGGCGCGCGAAUACUACUACUAUGCGGUGGCCGGGCAGCACAACGCCGCGGCGGGCAACUUGUUGCUUGGGACCGACGUCGCGGACAAGUACAACUUCGAUAACUGGCCCGCCCGCAUGGUGUACUUCUCCGACGAYGACUUCGGUGGAUACUUCAUUGUCAGCUCGGAGGACAACAAGAAGGACCUCAAGGCCCCUCCUCGACAACUCAAACUCGCGAUGCAAGAUAUCCGCUGGUUUUGGCAGCAAAAGGGUUGCCCUAGAGCGGUCAUGGGAAACCCACGGGGGAAAGAGAAACAAGUGGAAGACUGGCGGGCGUUCUGCGCAGUUGCGCUCCACAAAACACCCUACACACACCUGUGGACUCUUCCCGACAGCAAGGAGGAGGACGCUGCGAAGAGGCAGAAUGCAGCCCUUCGAUGUUACUUCCCGCUGGUCAUGGCCGGAGAAAAAGCUUGGCAGGACGGGAUGGCUUUUCUCGAGAAGUGGGAGACGGGGAGACUGCUGGCCCCCGACGGGGCGAAGAGGAUAACCAAGAAGAAGAAGGUGAAGGGCGUAAUGGAGGGUCUGGACUUCCGCGACAAUGAGAAGACGGGCACGAAAGAAGUGGUUUACAAUGUCCAUGUGGAAGCCCCCAUGAAGAAGGGCAAGAAGGAGAAAGAACCCGGCAAAUGGUAUAUGCAAGUCCUGGAACCGGAUGUACAGUGCUGGAAGAUUAUGGAAUCCCUUACAGACAAUGAGAAACGCUGUUUGUUAGGGAAGGUCAUGAACUGCGAGGUGGUCUGGGUCCWGUCGGGCUCUUCCUCGUUGGCCAAGCAAGGGAAGCUCGACAUUACGGAGGCUGUGCAACUGGCUAAGUGCGACCGGGUUCUGGUCCGCUUAUGGAACUUUUACAAGUUCAAACAUGAGGCCAAACCGGACUGCGAAUGGACCGCGAGGUUCAAUUUCCUUAAAAAAAGGGAACAGAUUCUGACGGAGUUCGAGGCCAUGGGAAUGGAUGCAGGGCUGUGGGACGGGAGUAGGAAGCUCGUGGUGGACGCGUCGCUGUUCAGGGAAUGCCCUUUGUACAUGGGAUGCGACGACGACAAGAACAUCAAGGCGACUGAAAAACUGGCGGCCAACAAAAAGUUGACCCCUGAGUGGCGGAACAAGGUCGUCUCCGUGUUGAACGGCAGCAGGGCGAAGCGACGGGAGGUGGCACUCACGGAGGGCAUGCUCAACAUUCUCKGGACAGACACGGGGGAAAUGACCUCAGUUGCUCCUUUUGCCGUCGACCCCUUGGAGGCUUUGAGCCGGGUGGUUGAACUCGAGAAGGUGGCCGUGGCCACAAAAAAACCCGUGGGCGGAGGGGACAAGGCCACCGGGAAGUUCGCCGGGAUCUGGACUACAGUCUCGGAAGAACCAGCCUCCCUAUCUCUGACAGCCCAACUUUACGAUAUGGCGCAACGCGGCCACGACCGUUCUCGCUCGGGGGUCGAUGUUGUGGAGGACAACAAGUUGGACGGGAUACACGUUGCAGUGGAAAAGCGAUCAGCGACAAAGGAUGGAUCGCAGACCGUGUCCGAGGCUGGAAGGCGGGGCGUUGAAGCCCUCACAUCUUUGAAGUCCGCUGGCAUCCGGACUUCGACGAGCGGCUCCGCUGGGGAAGCCAAUGCUGCGUCGGCAGGGGAGUCCGUCGUCGAGGGGCCGGGGCAGAGUGACUUGGACAAGGCAUGUGAGACGGGUUUGUUGUGUGUUGAGAAAGCAAACAAGGGGUCGGAGAGGGUCGGGGGGGGGGAUGGUAGAGACGACAAGCAGAUGGGGGUCACUAAAAGGCUUGAUGACGGACGCGGUGCAGAAUGCAAUUUGAGCAGUGAGGUGGAGGGCACGGAGGACCGGGUGGAAAGUUGUGGCGACAACGACGAUUUCACAGACGCAGGCUCCGGAGAGUCCGCCGGCGAGUUCGUCCGGUUGUACGGUGGGCGCAAUGACGAGGAUGCUGAGUGCGGGACACCUGCAAUGGCCAUCGAGACGGAGCUCGCUAUCCAACUUUCCAAGGAGGGCGACGAUUACAACGUUUCUCCUUUGCAGGGUGUUGUAGAAACCGCAGUCGAGAGCCAUGACAUUGAACUGCCGCUGAGUCCUGCGAAACCUGCAGGUCGGCUGCUCGUUGACGAGGUCGUGCAUGGCAUCCUCGAUCCUCAGAAUAGGUCCCCUCCUCCGCUGGAGAACGGUGAGGGCAAUGCAGGUUCCGGUCAACCGGCGAUCGGUUCCGUGGAGCUGUCGGGUCCAGGGCCUCUAGCGGAGUCCGACAAACUCAUCGGCAACACAAAGAACGAUCUCAGGGGCGGCCGACAAUUCGACAACGAGGUCAAGUGUGGGGACGACCCUGCGGCUGCGCAGGUGCUCAGAAGUUCUGCAAGGCAGUCGGCGCCGUUAUCCGGAGACGUUAAGCAGGCUGUGAGAAUAGAAGGGCCUCUGACACGGUGGGGAGAAUUGGUCACCGUGACUGCGCGUCUAAGCUCGCAGGUUCUGCAUGACCUUCUGCGCGGGGCCGUGCCGCCUGAGGCUGUCCUGGCUACACUUGCAGACGGACAACUGAGAGUUGCAGCAAGGGAUCUCCACGCCCUUUGGGAUAUUGAUGGCAAGCUUAAUGACGAGGUCGUCAACUUCUACAUGGCUCUCCUGGGGUCCACAGAGUGUCGGCGCCGUCAGCUGUCCACCGGGCUUCGUGUCUUCAGUUUCAACACGUUUUUCUUCGACAAGUUGAAACGGCAAGGGAACAUCGGGGUGAGAAGGUGGGCACGGGACGUCGACCUCCUGCAACACGAUAUUGUCUUCGUGCCAGUGCACAAAGACAAUGACCACUGGGUCCUUCUGUCUGUGAACUUGAGGGACGGUGUCCUGGAGAUUUUUGACUCGUUUGCACAUGUGAACGCCGAAAAGGAUUUCUACCACAGCGUUUUUUAUUUAAUUGUGAAGUACUUGGAAGUCCGGGCGCCACCGAAUGUUGUCGUGGAAGGAGUUCCUAGACAAGCAGACGGGGCGAGUUGCGGGGUGUUCAUGUUGAUGUUUGCCACGCUGCUCCAACGUGGUGAUAGGCCGCCUUUUCCGUUCACUCCUCAUGAAAUCCCGCGUAUUUGACGACAACUGGCGCACUGUGUUCUGGAAGGUUGUUGUCUUAGCUGGUAGCGUUUAGUGAUUUUCGAAUACAUGACACAUGUU